AAUGCUGUCGCGUUGUGCAAUUAUCGAUGCAAGGGGGUACUUUCUGAUGUCGUCAUAUGCAGCUGGCCAAUAACCGGCUUUCAUUCCGACUGCCACUCCUGCGACUUUCAACAUGUCGAUUCGCCUACGGAGGUACAUACAACCACUCUCAUUGAUAUCCUGAUAAUACUUCACUCCAUUCUGAAAUUUGGCAUACCUCUCCUACUUGUAACUUCCAGAUCACUUUUGAGUCUGGAAAUAAUAGAGCAGUGAGAAGCGCAAUGGCCUCGCCGAUCACAGAGGCCUCGGUCCUCGCCGCCUUUGACGAAAAGGUUCGGAACGGGAUUGUGAUGUACGCCGAAGACAUGGAGAAGAUUUAUCAUGAGGACGGGGGCUUCGAGUUUGAGUUCCGCUUAACGGCCGCGUUGAAGAGCAAGCCGGCCGCGGUAGAAGACAACGCAGAGUUAGACGACGCAGACGAUGGAAAGGGUUCGUCGUCUCAAACACCCGCCAGCGCAGCCUCACACGCCAACACUCAUACCCAAGACGAUGACAAACACAAGAACAACAAGAUCACCCUCGAUGAAGAAGGGAACCUCCCCGGAGGCGAUAUCAGCAUCGCGGGCUUCGAACUCACGACCAUCGGCGGUGGCGGGGAUGAAGAGGCUACGCAUGUUCUUGCCUUUAACAAGUUCUGCGCGUACAGGCCGCAUUUGCUACUCUUGACUGCUGAUGGGAGGAGGAGGCAGUUUGAGGGGUUGGGUGAGCGGGAUCUAGGGGCUGCUCUUCAGGUUUUGGGGGGGUUGAAUGGGCGGUGGGGUGCUGAUGCUGAUGGUGAGGAGCAGAAAGGACGAGAGUAUCUGGUCAUCUUCAAUUGUGGCAAGGAGGGCGGGUGCAGUCGGUUGCAUAAGCAUAUGCAGGUUAUCCCUGCGCCGGUAGCGAUUCCCAUGUGGCCUGACCUCGUUGCCUCCGGGUCCGGGACAGGGACGGAAGCGGUCGGCGAUGGGAAGCAGGAGCCGCCGUUCCGGUACUUCAUCCACCGCUUCACCGGCCCAUCACCACCCUCGACAAAGGACCUCACGGCGAAAUACAGAGACAUGCUCCGCCAGGCGACGGAGCUGAUUCCCGGCCGGGAGAAGGUCGUCGAGGAGGACGGGGAAGGGAGGGCCGUGGCGGUGCCGCAUAAUGUUAUUCUCGGACGGCGGUGGAUCGUUGUGGUUCCUAGGGUGAAGGCUGGCGUUGACGGGGCGGAUGUGAAUGCUGUUGGUAUGCUUGGUGUCGUGUGGGCUUCGAGGCCCGAGACGGUGGGGAAAUGGAGGGAGUUGGGGGCGAGGAGGGUGCUUGAGGAGGUUGGCGUUGGGAGGUGA